AUGUAUGUAAUCAAUGUGGUAAAGCCUUUGCACAUCACAGUCAUCUUAAAGUUCAUGGAAGAAUUCAUAAUGGAGAGAAACCCUAUGAAUGUAACCAAUGUGGUAAAGCCUUUGCAUAUAGCAGUAGUCUUAAAAAACAUGAAAUAGUCCAUACUGGAGAGAAACCCUAUGAAUGCAAUCAAUGUGGUAAAACCUUUGCACAUCCCAGAUAUCUUCGAACACAUGAAAGAAUACAUACUGGAGAGAAACCCUAUAAAUCUAAUCAGUGUGGUAAAACAUUUGCACAUAGCAAUAGUCUUCAACAUCAUGAAAGAAUUCAUACUGAACAGAAGCCCUAUGAAUGUAGUCAAAGUAGGAAAAUCUUUUCAUAUCACAGUAGUCUUCAGAUUCAUACUGCAGAGAAACACUAGUAAUGUAGUUCACAUGGUAAAGGAUUUGCAUGUUACAGUAGUCUUCAGAUUCUUGAAAGAAUUCAUAUCGGAGAGAAACCCUAUGAUGUAAUCAAUGUGGUUAAAGCAUUGCAUAUCACAACCAUCUGCAAAUACAUAAAAGAACACAUACUGAAGGGAAAUGAAACUAAUGUAAUCAAUGUAGUAAAGCCUUUGGACAUCCUAGUUAUUUUCAAAUACAAAGGAACACAUACUGGAGAGUAACCUUAUGAGUAUAAUCAGCCUGGUAAAGUCUUUGCAUAUCACAGUUGUCUUUGAGGACAUGAAGGCACUCACACUGAAGUGAAUCUGUGAAUAUAAAGUAUUUGGUAAGAUCUUUAGGCUACAAACUUAAAUUCAAGUUACACAAGAUUUAUUGUGUAUUAAAAAUACCUUACAAUGCAUGCUGACAGGAGCCUGAUUUAGCUGUCUCCUGAGAGGAUCAGCCAGAACAUGACAAAUACAGAGGCGAAUGCUAGCAGCAAACC